AUGCACACGUGUUUUGUUUUCACGUUUUUUAUUUCAUUUCAUUUUGAUUCCAUUUGUAACACAAAUUUUAAAUUUUUGUUGGAAAUUUCACAUUUCAUUGGAUAGAUAAUAAUGCCUAAAUCUAAACGAAAUCGUCUCGUAUCGUUGACGGUGACGAAAAAGAAAAAUUUUUCCAAUCUCAAAGAACGAUUAGUGAAAGAUGUACAAGAAUGUGCGGAUAAAUAUAAACGUUGUUUUGUAUUUCGUGUGGAAAACAUGCGAAAUGCUAAAUUGAAAGAGCUGAGAAAUGAUCUCCGUCAAAGCCGAUUUUUCUUUGGAAAUAAAGUAAUGAGCAUAGGUCUUGGUCGUACAAAAUCCGAUGAAUAUAGGGAAAAUCUUCAUUGUAUUACGAGAUUAUUAUCCGGCCAAUGUGGCCUAUUAUUUAGCAAUCAAAAUCAAGAUGAAAUAUUCAAGUUUUUCGAUACAUAUCGUCAUCGCGAUUAUGCUCGAACUGGAGAUACGGCAACCGAAACGGUCGAAUUGUAUGAAGGACCGUUGGAGCAAUUUGCACACAAUCUGGAACCAUAUCUUCGACAAUUGGGAAUGCCAACAACUUUACAAAAAGGUGUUGUCACAUUGUUGAAAGAUUUUCAAGUUUGUCAAAAGGGGCAACCAUUAACAUCGGAACAAGCUCGUAUUCUGAAAUUGCUCGAUAAUCAAAUGGCCGAAUUUCACAUGACAAUCGAUGCUAUGUGGUGUAAUGAUGGAAAAUUUGAAAUAUUUAACCGACAAAAAUUGAUUGCAAAAAGUAAUGAUGACUACGAUGAAUAAUGGUCAUGUUAUGUUUAUGUUUUUUGCUUUUGUAAAUAUACUAUCUACUAGUUUAUAUUUAAAAUAUGAAUAAAAAGGACAAUGUUUUCUCAGUUUGA